AGUGCCAGAGAGGGAACACAGCUUUCAAUGACAGAUGUUCAACAGUUUUCACCUGGAUAAAGUGAUUGUUUUUUGGACAAAUACGUUACUAUCGAACAACAGGCAAUUGUCUUACAAAAAGAAUAAACGUGUGAGGAAGGGAAUGGUGAAGAUGUCUUCGAGAACAGAAAGAUUAUCAACUUGUUGACAGUCAGUCAAGUGUUGAACUAUAUGAAAACAGACAGAUCGCUCAGGGACCGACAAGGGGACAACAACUACCAAUAGCUGAAAUUUUUACACACAUUGUGAACAUUCAAAGACUGUGGUAUUACCGGCACUUUAGAUAACUAACUUCUGCAGAGCUUUCUGUCUUUUCAGUCAACUGUCUCUCAGAUAGUGGCUCGCUAUGUUUCCUCUAGAUUCUACGUGGAACAUUUCCUUUGCAGGUUGUGGUUUCUUGGGGAUCUAUCAUAUUGGUGUAGCGAGUUGUCUACUGGAACAGUGUCCUUUUCUAGUCCACAACGCCCGCCACAUAUACGGGGCAUCGGCAGGGGCGCUCACCGCAUCUGCACUGGUCACCGGAGCGUGUUUAGGUGAGGCAGGGGCCAACAUCAUUGAUGUGGCUAAGGAUGCCCGGAAGCGUUUCCUGGGUCCUAUGCAUCCGUCUUUCAACCUGGUCAAGAUCAUGCGUAACAUGCUGUAUAAAACCCUGCCACCCGAUUCCCACCACAGAGCCACAGGGAAGCUGGGCAUAUCACUGACCAGGGUGACCGACGGAGAGAAUGUCUUGGUGUCCCACUUCAACAGCAAGGAGGAGCUGGUGCAGGCCUGUGUCUGCAGUGCCUACAUCCCUGUGUACUGUGGACUGAUCCCUCCGACACUGCAGGGUGUGCGUUACGUGGAUGGUGGUAUCAGUGAUAAUCUGCCUCAGUAUGAGCUGAAGAACACCAUCACUGUGUCUCCAUUCUCUGGAGAGAGUGACAUCUGCCCCAGAGACCGAUCCACCAACAUGCAUGAACUACGAUUCACCAACACCUCCAUCCAGUUUACACUCACCAACCUCUACAGAGUGUCCAGAGCUCUGUUUCCCCCUGAGCCACAGGUUAUGAAGACCAUGUGUAAACAGGGAUAUAAAGAUGCCCUUCACUUCCUGAAGAAGAACGGACUACUGAAUCAUCCAGGACCCCACAGACCUCUGAUAGCUGACGGUGAGGAUGACGAAGAUGACAUCAUGAACGAGGAUGAUGAUGAGGAAGAGCAUGAGGAGCAUCAUGUAGAGAACGAGAUCAGACCCAGCGAGGAUGGGGUAGUGGUAAACCCCUCCCAAUCCGCCAUUGAAGAUCACAUCUUUGAACAUCUGCCACCCAGACUACACAGAGCUAUUAUCUCUCUCUGUCAGGACACUCUUCUUCUCUCUGUAUUUCUGUCACUCUCUCUUCUUCUCUCAGUAUCUCUCUCUUCAUAUUUGAUGCUUCCCUAUACCCUUCCCCUGGAGUCUGCUCUGUCCAUGACUGUUAGACUGUUAGAAUGGCUGCCUGAUGUGCAGGAGGACGUGGGAUGGAUCGGAGAACAAACGAUUAAGAUGCUACAGUGUGCUGUGACACGGGCCACCAAGACUGUGUCCAACAGGGUUUCUGCAAAGUUUUCCUACCAGUUGGAGCUGCGUCACUGCCAGUCCCUGCCUGCCCAGCUCAUCCCUGCCAGCCUGCUCCCAAGAUGGGUGAGUGGAGGCAGCUCCUCUAUCCUGGAUGUUAUCAGUCGUUUGGACCAGUACCAGAGGCAGCUGCUGCCGGGCUCCUUCUGUGUUAACCUGGACCUCCAGGGUUCCUUCUACACCAGGGGUCCCACAGGAGGGAGCCCAGUCCCAGGAGGGUCUACCAGAGCUGGGGAAGGAGGACCAGGACCAGCCUUGUCUCUUACAUCCCCCAUCAUAAACCCAGAGGAGGUAGAGGGGAUGGGGCUGAUGAUGAGGAGGCUCAGUGAAAACCACAACUCUACUGCGGCUCUUCCAGCCUCACUAUAGUAAUAUAAUGUAUGCCAUUCAGGAGACACUGAGGGCCCCCUGGGGAGGGGGGGGGGACAUUUAGUAUUACAGACAGAUUAACAAGCCAGGUAGACAGGUAGAACAGGUAUAACAGCCAGGCAGACACCUUCCAAUUAAAGGGACAGUACACCAACGUGUGUUAUCUCAUCAUCGAUGACACAGUGCCUUGUUCGCUAACAUUUUAUUCACUCACCUGCCCAUUGGGAUACCCAGGAACCUACAAGGAACCGCCGAUCUGCAUCGUGUCAAUGUGACUUUUACAAAACAUUACAAAAUAUAUUAAAGUCAUUAAGAUAAUAAACAGUAAAAAGUAUUUACUGUUGACUGUUGAUACCAAACAUGUUCAAGGACUAGGGAUGUUACCGAUUAACCGUUUAACCGGUUAGCCCGACCGUAAAUACAUUUCACCCGGGUCAUGCUUAUCGGUCUAUAGGUUCAUUUGAACAAUUUUGUGGAAUUAAAAUUGCCACGUGUGUAUUUCCAUUAGUAUGCAUUUUAUUUGUCACAUGCGCACAGCACACAGAGACUAGUUAGAGGAGAUGAAUACUACCUGCCAGACAGCGACAGAGUAGCUCCUGUAGGCUACUGUAGUGAAGCCUGCUGUUGGAAGCCCAGUCAUUGGUCAUCCCAGUCAUUGGUCAUCCCAGUCAUUGGUCAUUCCAGUCAUUGGUCAGCCCAGUCAUUGGUCAGCCCAGUCAUUGGUCAGCCCAGUCAUUGGUCAGCCCAGUCAUUGCACAACAAAUAACAAUUCUAAAUGCAACCGCUUGUUAAAAAUUUGUGGCUAUGAUUAAAAUGGAGUUAUUUUUAUUUCUCAAUCUCAACUCAUAAAGCGCCUCCCAUUCGCCAUUCAGAUGCAUAGGCUAUAGUCAUAGGCUAUAGUCUGCCUACCAGCUGGAGACAGUAUAAUGUAAUGUGAGCUGGAGACAGUAUAAUGUAAUGUGGAGACAGUAUAAUGUAAUGUGGAGACAGUAUAAUGUAAUGUGGAGACAGUAUAAUGUAAUGUGGAGACAGUAUAA